ACUGACGAUGACCCAGCUUAUGGCUACUGGUUCCAGGAAGGAAGUGAUCACAGCCAGGAUGUUCUAGUGGCCACAAACAACCCCGAUCGAGACGUGCAGGAGGAGACCCAGGGCCGAUUCCACCUCCUCGGGGACCCCCGGGACGACAACUGCUCCCUGGACAUCAGAGAUGCACAGAGAAGGGACUCGGGGACAUACUUCUUUAGGGUGGAGAGAGGGUCUUAUGUGAAAUAUAAUUACCUACAGAACCAGCUCUCCAUGCGUGUGACCGCCUUGACCCGCACACCUGACAUCCUCAUCCCGGGGACCCUGGAGUCUGGCCGCCCCGGGAACCUGACCUGCUCUGUGCCCUGGGCCUGUGAGCGGGGCACACCUCCCAUCUUCUCCUGGACGUCAGUGGCCCUCACCUCCCUGGACCCCAGGACCCACCUCUCCUCGGUGCUCACCCUCACCCCACGGCCCCAGGACCAUGGCACCAACCUCACCUGUCAGGUGCACUUCCCUGCAGCUGGUGUGAUGGUGGAAAGGACCGUCCAGCUCAAUGUCACCUGAAAAUCAGGGCCUGUGGCAGAAUUGGUUUUGGUGGCCAUUGGGGAAGCUGCUGUCAAGACCCUGUUGCUCCUCCUCUGCCUCAUCAUCCUCAUAAGGAAGUUCCUCAGGAAGGAGACAGCCAGGCCUGCAGGGGACCUGGCGGAGGCAAACAUGGCCCCCAGUUAA